AUGUCUAACAAAGUUGUACUUAUCUUUGGGUAUGGACCCAACGUUGGGUUCGAAGUCGCUAAGGCGUUCGCAACGCGAGACUACAAAGUUGCUGUAGUGUCACGCUCAGACAAGUGCGCAAGUGACGCAAAGAAUUAUCUUCAAAUUCAAGCAGAUCUCGCAGAUCCUUCUUCAAUCGAAGGCAUUUUUUCCCAAGUCAUUGAUGAACUUGGUCACCCGACCGUGGUGAUCUACAAUGCGGCCUCUUUCAGCUUCAGGUCGUCAAGUCCCCUCAAUGAUCAGAUUGUGGGCUUUCAAUCGGACAAUAACGUCAAUAUUGUUUCUGCAUACAUCGCGGCUUAUUUCGCGAUAAGAUCUUUUGCUCUUGCACCUUCAGAAGCAUCCAAAACAUUCAUUUAUACCGGAAACAAACUUCCGUUUCUGGUCGUACCACCGCUUUUGUCUCCAGGGGCUGGCAAAGCGGCCGCAGCGCAUCUCAUCCACUAUUUGGCGGAAGAACACAAAGACCAGGGCUACAAAUUCUACUAUGCGGACGAACGCAAAUCUGAUGGAGAUCCGGUUUAUUCCGCCAUUGACGGCUCUGCCCAUGCUGAGUUUUACACCCAACUGAGCGAGCAUCAAAGGCAAGGACCUUGGAAUGCGACUUUUGUCAAGGGACAAGGCUACGUUAGGUUUUCUGAAGAAAUGAUUCAAGAUGCUGUCUUUAUGGGUCGAAAAUAG